AUCAUCAAAAAUAUCCUUCAGCCAAGCUCUGUGGAUUCCCAGACUACAAUGGUCCUGGUUAAUGCCAUUUACUUCAAAGGAAUGUGGGAGAAAGCAUUUAAGGAUGAAGACACUCAAGCCAUGCCUUUCAGAAUGACCGAGCAAGAGAGCAAACCCGUCCAGAUGAUGUACCAGGUUGGUUCAUUUAAAGUGGCCAUGGUGACUUCUGAGAAAAUGAAGAUCCUGGAGCUUCCGUUUGCCAGUGGAAUGAUGAGCAUGUUUGUGCUGUUGCCUGAUGAAGUCUCUGGCCUGGAGCAGCUCGAGUCCACAAUCAGCUUUGAAAAACUUACAGAAUGGACCAGUUCUACUAUGAUGGAAGAGAGAAGGAUGAAAGUGUACCUCCCCCGCAUGAAGAUGGAGGAGAAAUAUAACCUCACAUCUGUCUUCAUGGCCUUGGGUAUGACAGACCUGUUCAGCUCAUCAGCCAAUAUGUCUGGCAUCUCUUCAACAGUAAGCUUAAAGAUGUCUGAGGCUGUCCAUGCAGCAUGUGUGGAAAUCUUUGAAGCCGGCAGAGAUGUGGUAGGCUCAGCAGAGGCUGGGAUGGAUGUUACAAGCGUCUCCGAAGAAUUUAGGGCUGACCACCCAUUCCUCUUCUUCAUCAAGCACAACCCAACCAACAGCAUUCUCUUCUUUGGCAGAUGGAUGUCCCCUUAAAGAAAAGGAAGUUGAAAGAG